AUGUGCGUGGUGGCGCUGGCGAUCCUCACAGGAGUGCUCCAACUUCUUGUUGGGCAUGUGGAGUGUGCAUUCUACAUGGUGCGAGGGGGGUGUAUCGAUGAUCCAGGGAGAUGGACCACACGCAUUGACUCAGGAGCUGAAAACGAGGCUGUCGUGUCGUUUCUCCAUACACAGAGGGAGCCAUAUGCCGGAAUUGGCGGCCAUGUGCGAGGGAGGAAGGUCUACUGGGACGAUGGUUUUCCGAUGAAAUGGAAGCCAUCGGGGUUUGUGCCCCCGCCGACAUUAAGGGACGGGUUUCUCGUGGUGCGCUAUGACGGUUCGUGGGGUGCGAUGUCGUAUGACCUGUUUCCUAGUACUCUGUUCAUUUGCACAGAUGGUGAUGUACCAGCUGUUGCUCCAAACACGACGGAGACUCCGACGGAUACACCUUAUCCAAACACGACGGAGACUCCGACGGAUACACCUUAUCCAAACACGACGGAGACUCCGACGGAUACAUCUUAUCCAACCACGACGGAGACUCCGACGGAUACACCUUAUCCAAACACGACGGAGACUCCGACGGAUACACCUUAUCCAAACACGACGGAAAUACCAACGGGAACAUCCGCCCCAAUUACAACCGAGGCUCCAACAGAGGCGCCGUCUUCUACAAAUGUUUGGGGGGUGCUGGACGACCUGGCUGUUGCAGUGAGUAAGGUAGGUACGUUCGAUAUCGUGCUUUCCACCACCAACGGUGUGGACGUGCCUCUGAAAGCAACAGGUCUGUUGGAGCGGAUUGAUGCACUGCGCCGCAAUCAUCACCAUUUUGUUGGUGUUGCCUUUAUGGAGAAGGCGGAUGCUAUUGCCCCACGGGACGUUGCAACCUUGACGCUUGUGGCCGGUUCAACUUUGCAGUUUAUUGUUCCUUUGUCUUUGAUGGAGUCCGGCGUCACGCGAUACUUUGUGUGCGUGGUAGCCGUGAACACUUCAGCUGUCCCAAUAUAUCGUCAAACAAACGCCACACUUGCGAUUCACUCAUUGGAUGAGGUGUUGCACAAUGUAAAAGACAGCGUGGUGUUGAAUGAGGAGGACAUGCUAAAGCCAAAGGAUGUUAUUCGACCUCUGCGUGUGACGGGUCGAGGGACGAUUGCGCAGCACACUGCUGAGGUGACUCCAUUUGUAUUGAAUGGUUUAUCCUUUUCCAUGGUCAGCAAUGGUGUUGUGGGGAGGAAGUGUGUUCCAAGCAAACUCUCUGUCGACUUCGUUUUUGCAAACGGUAGCUUCUGGCUCUUUCUGCCCAAAGAGCAUAUCGCACGUGUGAAAACGGGCCACAAGAGCCUUUGUGCGUCUAUGAAUGGUAAAAAUAGUAUCAUCGCGCUUAUUGAAGAAAGACGGAUCUCCUUUUCCACCAGCAAUACUACCUAUACAUAUGGCGAGCCGAUCAGGGCUGUGGUACUGGGCGCUUCCGCAUCUGCCUUCGCAGCCAACACGUAUGCGGCUUUUCUCUCCCGCUCGGAGCGGUGUCCUUCUGUGGAUGAUGACGCUUCUGUCAAACUGGAGCUUGAAGUUCCAGUUUUGCCGACAAGACUGUCUAUAUCAUCAUCGUUAUCAUUUUUAGAACAAGAACAGGAGAGGACACCGACGGUGUAUUUCAGCACCGCUUCCAGGGAUCCAAAAAUGAGAUAUUUGUGUGUACAACACGUGGCAACAGCGACAAAAUUUCGGGUUCUGUCAUUAGACGGGGCAGUUGUAAGGGUCUUGGGUCACAAACCUUCUUUGCCUCCGUCAGGAAAGAUGUCUCUUUUCAAUGGUAUCACAGGAUCUAUAGCGCUGGGAAGUUUUGUCCUCCCUCCGCGUUCAGCGGAGGAUAUAGAACACUUUAAUACCGUUUCUCUUCUGAUUAUGCAAAAUGCGCUGCGCCUUCGUUUUGUCCCGCUGUCGCCCAACGCGGAGUGGGAAAAAAAAAUGGUGGAGUGCAGCCUCAAUGAAACAAAAAGCGAGGGCGAUUUCGAUGUGAAUGCUGGGUCCGUGCAGAUAAAUAGAGCUCUGUGGUUUUCGCAUUCAUCCGGUGUUCUGUGCACGGGAUCGAAAUAUCUUCGUAUCGACUAUGUGGUGCACGAGCCCUUAGAAUGGCUUCAGUUGUUCGGCGGCUCCUCCUCCGUGGUGGGCACUGCGAUCAUUGCAAGUCUGCCGAGUACAGCUGUACGUCUUGAUCUCACGAACUCAGAUCCGUCUGCCAACUACGCCGUGCGCCUAUCUGUGGAUGAAAAGUGUCGUACCGGCUUUACUGCGGGCGUCUGGCAGACGCCGUGUGGAAUCACUGCCGUCAGUUUCCACAAGGCGGUGAGCGGAACGUUCACGUUGUGUGUGGGCAUCUACGCUGGCGCCGGUGCCGCGUCUACCACGGCAUUUGUGGCCACUAAUCGUACGGUAAUCGUGACACCGUACGAGGCGGGUAUGGAUGCGUGGGAAAGGGAGCAGGGCUUGACGUCGGGGGCAUGGGAGCUAUGUGGGUCAUCUUCUCUCUGCGGGUACGUGCCGACACAGCCGUUCUUGGAGGUGUGUGGCAUCCAACCUGUGGACCGUCCAUGGCCUGCUAUCAUUACGGAGAGACUUUUGUCGUUUGAUGCCAUUAACGUGAAAUUGAGUGGGGACAACAAAAGUUACAUGGCCACAGUGAUCGCGGGAAGAGUGUUUCUGAGACGAGGCAAUAUAGCGUGCCAAGCACCGAAGAUGAUGGAGAUGAGUGUGGAUGGGAAGAUGUACAGCACCUCUGCCAUAACGGAUCGCGAACGCUCUGUGGUGACGUUGAAAUCAAGCACACAGCUCGCUGGUGUGAUCUUUGGCCUCGCCCUGUGGGAUGAGGGCUGUGACGCCGCGUCGAUACGGCAGAAGGUUCUUGUGUCUACAAUGACCCCUUUUCUCUUUUCGGCAUCGGUGUUUGACCUUGCCCCGCUCCUGUGGAAUGGAAGCGACAAUUAUUACGUUGUAUGUGUUUUGCAGACAAUGACUUGGUCGGCUGUGCCACAGGCGUAUAUUCAUACCAUGACAAGUAAUGCGGGUACUAACGUUGUUACUGCGGAGGCGAUUGCGACUUCUAACCCGAAAGAAAAUGAGAAGACUAUCCACAUUUGGCAAACGGAGACGUCAACAUGGACCAUUGUGGGUCACUUCCUGCCAGAUGUUGUGGUGUCGUUGGCUCUUGUGUGGGAUGAUCCUACGUGUAGUGUGCAGCCUGCGUACACGGCUGCCAUGCAGUACCUAUCUCCCACCACAUCUUCUGUCGCCGUUGAGGCUUCGUUUAUCACUGCGCCACUGACCCCGAAGUCUCUACUGUACUCUUGUUACUAUACGAAAAGUAUUUCCCCGACGCCACUUAGCAUCGAGGAGUUCCGGAAGCGACGCAUUGCCGUUUUAGAAUUAUCCCUUUCUUCAAUCAACUACCUUCCUCACUAUGCGAUACGGUAUGACACACGCGACAAUACGACUGUCUUUCUCACGGAUCCCCACAAACCCCCAAUUACGCAACUGGAACUCUUCCUUGCCCAUUCACCAGAAGACCAUGAUGCUACCGCAAAUUGUUCCACCACAUCUCAGCGGCACGUCGCGUCGCUAAUGGUGCACACGGAUAGCUUUGGGUUAGGGUGGGUAAGAGUUGUUCCAGGUGUUCCCGCCAUGGUCAGUGCCGCGGGGCGAGCGGCCUACCUGCUGAUAUGCGCCACCGCCUCGAAGAGUGCUUCCUUGCGUUUUGUCCCUAUCAGUGCGUACUUGGUCAUCAACGAUAUCGGCACAGGAACACAGGUUAACCCUUUUUCUUUGGAUCUUAGUUUCCUUCCACUAAAUGAUACGAACAGCGUCCUGGGGGGUGACUCGUGCAAAGAGGCUGUAACACGAUACGUAUCUGCUGUGACGAAUCAAACUGCUGACCCAAAAGGUAUUCUUGUUACUGCAAAGAGCAACAACAACUUUGGUCUUUUUAUCGAGCCAGAUGCUACAGUAUCGAGUGAAAGUGCGGCCAAUCAGCUACGUGCUGUCUACACAGCAAUGGCGUCUGGGAGGGGCUUGCCUCUGCGUGCCAGCUCCCUGAACGGUGCUACGUUCAUUCUUGUUUCCGUAGAGGGCGUACAUCUUAUUGACCAAUCUCCGUAUGACGGCAUGCCACGUGUCAAUGUGAGCACUUUAAAUACUGUGGACAGUAAUGUGCCUGGAGACCUUGCAAAGAAGGUGAUCACAAUCUUCUGUGUUGUUGUGGCGCCCGUUGUGGUGGGCUUCGUCGUCUUCUCUCUGCAGCGUACCGUUCCUACGCUGGACCGUGCCAAGUUUGGCAAGGUUAGCGGCCGAACGAAGGCCUCGGUGGCAGCGUUCGAUUUUGGUGAUUCGCCGCCGCCACGCAAGCCGGAGUCGGCAGAGGGCGGGGGGCACUUUGCCACCGCAGUGGAGGACACCGCCGCCAGCCCACUGUACGACUCGGACGACGAGCGACCACCCCCCGCCCUCGGCUGUACGCCGCCGCCGCCGCCGCCAGCGCGGAACGCGGCAUUGACAGUUCGCGAGGGGGGCAGUGCAGUGACGGGGUGCAAGCCAUGA